CGGGAAGGGGCGAGCCUCCAGGCGGGUCGCUGGAGCGAACGGCGCAGAGCAUCUCCCCGCCAGGUCUCUGGUACCCACAGCUCCGCAGCCACUCUGGCGCCAUGAGGGCGCCGACCACCGCCCGCCGCCCCGGGCGCGUCCUACGGGUGCGCUGGAGGGGCCUCCUGCCGCUCGCCCUGGCUCUCUUGGUGGGGACAAGUCGCGCCCAGAGGGAUUCCGUCGGGAGGUACGAACCAGCUAGCCGGGAUCCGAACCGGUUGUGGCGCCCCGUGGGCAGCCACCCCGCGGUGGCUGCUGCCAAGGUGUACAGCCUGUUCAGGGAGCCCGACGCGCCGCUGCCCGGCUCCUCGCUCUCGGGGUGGAACCAGCCGGGCCAGGAGGGCCCCGGGAGACCCGCCGAGGCCGAGGCCAGGAGGCCGUCCCGUGCCCAGCAGCCGCGUCGAGUCCAGCCACCUGUCCAGGCUCGGAGAAGCAGCGCCCGGGGCCAGCAGCAGCCGGCAGCCCGGGCCGCGCCUUCCGUCGUGCGCCUGGCGACCCCUCAGCGACCCUCGGCCGCGCGGCAAGGGCGACUCACCGGGAGGAACGUCUGCGGGGGACAGUGCUGUCCAGGCUGGACGACAUCAAACAGCACGAACCACUGUAUCAAACCUGUGUGCCAGCCUCCCUGUCAGAACCGGGGCUCCUGCAGCAGGCCCCAGCUCUGCGUCUGCCGCUCUGGCUUCCGUGGGGCUCGCUGUGAGGAGGUCAUCCCUGAGGAGGAAUUUGACCCCCAGAAUGCCAAGCCUGUGCCCAGACGGUCAGUGGAGGGGGCACUCAGCCCUCACAGGAGCAGCGAGGCCAGAGGAAGUCUCAUGACCAGAAUACAUCCACUGGCACCACCACCGCCACCACCGCCACCACCACCCAGGACCCUGAAUAGCCUCGGCCAGACCCGGCCCCUGCAGCAGCACUCAGGGCUGUCCAGGACUGUCCGUCGUUAUCCGGCCACUGGUGCCAAUGGCCAGCUGACUUCCAAUGCCUUGCCUUCUGGAUCAGGGCUUGAGCUGAGAGACAGUGCCCAUCAGGCAUCACGUGGAAACCGCCUCUCACCUCCCUGGGGGCUGAACCUCACUGAGAAAAUCAAGAAGAUCAAGGUCGUCUUCACUCCCACCAUCUGCAAGCAGACAUGUGCUCGGGGGCGCUGUGCCAACAGCUGUGAGAAGGGUGAUACCACCACUCUGUACAGCCAGGGUGGCCACGGGCAUGACCCUAAGUCUGGCUUCCGGAUCUAUUUCUGCCAGAUUCCCUGCCUGAACGGAGGCCGCUGCAUUGGCCGGGAUGAAUGCUGGUGUCCAGCCAACUCCACAGGGAAGUUCUGCCAUCUGCCUGUCCCACAGCCGGACAGAGAGCCUCCAGGAAGAGGGGCCCAGUACAGGGCCCUGCUGGAAGGGCCCUUGAAGCAGUCCACCUUCAUGCUGCCUCUCUCCAACCAGCUCGCUUCUGUGAACCCCUCGCUGGUGAAGGUGCAGAUUCACCACCCGCCUGAGGCCUCCGUGCAGAUCCACCAGGUGGCACGGGUUCGGGGUGAGGUGGACCCUGUGCUGGAUGAAAACAGUGUGGAGACCAGAGCCUCUCAUCGGCCCCAUGCGAGCCCAGGCCACAGCCACUGGGCCAGCAACAGCAUACCUGCUCAGGCUGGAGAGGCCCCUCGGCCACCACCCCCAGUGCUGUCCAGGCAUCAGGGACUUCUGGGCCGGUGUUACCUGAGCACGGUGAAUGGAAAGUGUGCCAACCCCCUGGUGGAGCUGACUUCUCAGGAGGACUGCUGUGGCAGUGUGGGGACCUUUUGGGGCGUGACCUCAUGUGCUCCAUGCCCACCCAGACCGGCCUUCCCAGUGAUUGAAAAUGGCCAGCUGGAGUGUCCCCAAGGGUACAAGAGACUGAACCUCAGCCACUGCCAAGAUAUCAACGAGUGCCUGACCCUGGGCCUCUGCAAGGACUCGGAGUGCGUGAACACCAGGGGCAGCUACCUGUGUACCUGCAGGCCAGGCCUCAUGCUGGAUCCGUCCAGGAGCCGCUGUGUAUCGGACAAGGCGGUCUCCAUGCGACAGGGACUGUGCUACCGCUCACUGGGGUCUGGCACCUGCACCCUGCCUUUGGUACAACGGAUCACCAAGCAGAUUUGCUGCUGCAGCCGUGUGGGCAAAGCCUGGGGCAGCAAGUGUGAAAAGUGCCCCCUGCCUGGCACAGAGGCCUUCAGGGAGAUCUGCCCUGCCGGUCACGGUUACACCUACUCAAGUUCAGACAUCCGUCUGUCCAUGAGGAGAGCCGAGGAGGAGGAACUGGCUAGCCCCUUAAGGGAACAGACACAGCAGAGUGGAGGACCCUGGCCUGGGACAGCAGAGAGGCAACCACUCCGGGCAGUCACUGACACCUGGAUUGAGGCCGAGACCCUCCCUGACAAAGGUGACUCUCGGGCCAUGCAGGUCACAACCAGUGUUCCCCACCUACCUGCCUGGGUACCAGCAGAUGCUACUGGAAGACCAGCACCAUCAUUGCCUGGACAGGACAUUCCAGAGAGUCCAGAAGAAGAGCAAGUGACUCCAUCCGGUGAUGUCCUGGUGACACAGGGUCCCCCAGUCUUUGAUCCAUGCUUUGCUGGAACCGCCAACAUCUGUGGCCCUGGGACCUGCGUGAGCCUCCCAAAUGGAUACAGAUGUAUCUGCAGCCCUGGCUACAAGCUACAUCCCAGCCACGGCUACUGCACCGAUGACAACGAGUGUCUGAGGGACCCCUGCGCAGGAAGAGGACGCUGUGUCAACAGUGUGGGCUCCUACUCCUGCCUCUGCUACCCUGGCUACACACUAGCCACCCUGGGAGACACACAGGAAUGCAAAGAUAUAGAUGAGUGUGAGCAGCCUGGGGUGUGCCGUGGCGGACGAUGCAGCAACACUGAAGGCUCGUACCACUGUGAGUGUGAGCGGGGCUACAUCAUGAUCAGGAAAGGACACUGCGAAGAUAUCAAUGAAUGCCGUCACCCUGGUACCUGCCCUGAUGGGAGAUGCGUCAACUCCCCUGGCUCCUACGAUUGUUUGGCCUGUGAGGAGGGCUACAAAGGCCAGAGCGGGAGCUGUGUAGAUGUGAAUGAGUGUCUGACCCCUGGGAUCUGUGCCCACGGAACGUGCAUCAACACGGAAGGCUCCUUUAGAUGCUCUUGUGAGGCGGGCUAUGAGGUCACCCCGGACAAGAAGGGCUGCCGAGAUGUGGACGAGUGUGCCAGCCGAGCCUCCUGCCCCACCGGCCUGUGCCUCAACACUGAGGGCUCCUUCACGUGCUCAGCCUGUCAGAGUGGGUACUGGGUGAACGAAGACGGCACCGCCUGUGAAGACCUCGAUGAAUGUGCCUUCCCUGGAGUCUGCCCCACAGGAGUCUGCACCAACACUGUGGGCUCCUUCUCCUGCAAGGACUGUGACAGGGGCUACCAACCCAGCCCCCUGGGCAACAGCUGUGUAGAUGUGGACGAGUGUGGACGCCAGAACAGCUGCCUGGGAGGCGAGUGCAAGAACACGGAAGGUUCCUAUCAGUGCCUCUGUCCCCAGGGCUUCCAGCUGGCCAAUGGCACUGUGUGUGAGGAUAUGGACGAGUGUGUUGGCGAGGAGCACUGUGCUCCUCAUGGCGAGUGCCUCAACAGCCAGGGGUCUUUCUUCUGUCUCUGCGCGCCCGGCUUUGUCAGUGCUGAGGGAGGCACCAGGUGCCAGGAUGUUGAUGAAUGCACAGCCACAGACCCGUGUCUGGGGGGGCACUGUGUCAACACAGAGGGCUCCUUCAACUGUCUGUGUGAGACUGGCUUCCAGCCCUCCCCAGACAGCCGAGAGUGUGUGGAUAUUGAUGAGUGUGAGGACGACGAAGAUCCAGUGUGUGGAGACUGGAGGUGUGAGAACAGCCCAGGUUCCUAUCGCUGCGUCCUGGGCUGCCAGCCUGGCUUCUACAUGGCCCCAACAGGAGACUGCAUUGACAUAGAUGAAUGUGCCAACGACACUGUGUGCGGGAGCCACGGCUUCUGUGACAACACGGACGGCUCCUUCCGCUGCCUGUGUGACCAGGGCUUCGAGACCUCACCCUCAGGCUGGGAGUGUGUUGACGUGAACGAGUGUGAGCUCAUGCUGGCAGUGUGUGGGGAUGCGCUCUGUGAGAACGUGGAAGGCUCCUUCCUGUGCCUCUGCACCAGUGACCUGGAGGAGUACGACGCACAAGAAGGACGCUGCCGUCCUCGGGUGGCCGGAGCUCAGAGUCUCCCGGAGGUUCCGACAGGAGACCAGGAUCCAGGCCUCAUCCGCAUGGAAUGCUACUCUGGGCACGAUGGUGGUGCUCUCUGCUCUCACGUCCUGGGCCUGAACUCCACACAGGCUGAGUGCUGCUGUACCCAGGGUGCCAGGUGGGGAGCAGCCUGUGACCCCUGCCCAUCGGAGGACUCAGUCGAAUUCAAUGAGCUCUGCCCCAGUGGUCAAGGCUACAUCCCAGUGGAAGGAGCCUGGACAUUUGGACAAACCAUGUACACAGAUGCUGAUGAGUGUGUGCUGUUCGGGCCUGCUCUCUGCCAGAAUGGCCGAUGCCUCAACACAGUGCCUGGCUACAUUUGCCUGUGCAACCCUGGCUACCACUAUGAUGGCUCCAGCAGGAAGUGCCAGGAUGACAACGAAUGCCAGGACAUGGCCUGUGAGAAUGGCGAGUGUGUAAACACUGAUGGCUCCUUCCACUGCUUCUGCAGUCCCCCCCUCACCCUAGACCUCAGCGGGCAGCGCUGUGUGAACAGUACCAGCAGCACAGAGGACUUCCCUGACCAUGACAUCCACAUGGACAUCUGCUGGAAAAAAGUCACCAAUGACGUGUGCAGCCAACCCUUGCGUGGCCAUCAUACUACCUAUACAGAGUGCUGCUGCCAAGAUGGCGAGGCCUGGAGCCAGCAGUGUGCUCUCUGUCCCCCCAGGAGCUCUGAGGUCUAUGCUCAGCUGUGCAACGUGGCUCGGAUUGAGGCAGAGCGGGAAGCAGGGAUCCACUUCCGGCCGGGCUACGAAUAUAGCCCUGGUCCGGAUGAUCUGCCCUACAACCUCUAUGGCCCAGAUGGGGGCCCUUUCUACAACUACCUGGGCCCCGAGGACACUGUGCCUGAGCCACCCUUCUCCAAUGUGGCCAGUCAGCUGGGAGAAAACAUACCAAUCCUGGAGCCUCCUCUGCAACCCUCUGAACUUCAGCCCCGCUAUGUGGCCAGCCAUUCGGAACCCCUGGCCUCCUUCGAAGGACUGCAGGCAGAGGAAUGCGGCGUCCUGAAUGGCUGUGAGAAUGGCCGCUGCGUGCGUGUGCGGGAGGGCUACACUUGCGACUGCUUUGAAGGCUUCCAGCUGGAUGCGGCCCACAUGGCCUGCGUGGAUGUGAAUGAGUGUGAAGACUUGAACGGGCCUGCAGCCCUCUGUGCACACGGUCACUGUGAGAACACAGAGGGUUCCUUUCGCUGCCACUGUUCCCCAGGCUACGUGGCAGAGCCAGGUCCCCCACACUGUGCAGCCAAGGAGUAAAAGUGAGGGGUCGCUGUGGGCAGCUCUCUGGAAAUGGCUUCAGCUACAGGCUGGGGACUUAAGAUUGCUUCCCUGGCUGGGAAGACAUCAUGGCUGGGAAGACAACGUGAUGCCAUCAGGCCAGGGCUCCGUAGCUCAGUUCUGCCAGCCUUGCCUUACUUUUUAACCUCGUCCAGCUUAGCUCUGGUUGUGAGCUUCCGUCACUGCCUCUAUGCCAUUGCUUGGCUCAGACACCACAAGUAUUUUAAUGCUUCAGCCACUGGCCAUGGGACACAGCCCACCAGUCUGUCCUUGGGGCCUCAAUGGAGGACACUGAUUGGAAGAGUCCUCGGCCGCUUCUCUUGGGCUGUGCAGGGAAAAAAAAAAUGCGGGCACCCCUUUUCCAGCUGUGAUCCACACAUCAUCCUGAUGAUUUGUAACUGAGACAGCAGCUACAUCUGCCCUAGGGUCGCCCCUGGCAAUCUGUGGAGCAAGAGAACGUUUGGAAAAGUCUGGGGAGUAGCUCCCACGCCACCUCUCAGAACCACCACCACCACCACUCAGCCAAGCUGGCACGAGCUCCUUUCUGCCACAUUGCCACCUGUAGACAGUUCUGUGGCCCCAAGAAGGGACCAGUUUCCCUCGUCUCAGAGGACAAAGACUAAUACUAACUCGCUGAGUGAAAGAAACACAAACGAGGAAUAAUGAGCCUGAGAAAGCAUGGCAAGAGAGUGACAGAAAAACCCUGGGGAGUUGAUCUGGAAGGAGGAGCCAAGAUUUAUACGGAUCUAAAAACAUGGAGGAGCUUCGGGCAAAUCAGUACUCAGAGUCACCUUAGGACCACUGUGCACCAGCGGUAAUCUCACAGGAUCCAGUGCGCAUCUCCAAAGAUCUUUUUUGGGUACAUAUGUUUCCGUACAGGAAACAAAUCUCUUCUGGGCUUUUUGUGAAACAGAAAUGGAUGAGCUAACACUACAAAGUUCUCUUUUUUUGGUUGGUCUUGUCAGAGGAAGCCAAAUUUUCAAUGUAGUUUAUCUCCUCCACUCAGAAACCCUUGCACUUGUUCGCUUCAGGAAAAAAAAAGAAAGAAAGGAAAAUGGGGGCCUGGAAUCCCUCUAAGAGAUGCACUUCUGUACACGCUGGCUGGGAGUUCGGGAGCACGGUGGAAUAAAGAGAUGUUCAUCCAGGCCCGCCUGUGCCCUG